AUGGUUUGUAAAAGCCGUAGCGGAUUGACAAGGCAUUCCCUUGCUAAGCACCGACCCAUCACACCACCACCCAGAGCAAGCAACGAUGAUCCAGACUUUACUUACCAACGCCAUCCCUUACUCUCUGGCAGGCCUUGUGAUCAACAAGGAAACUUUCUUCCAGGAAAUGCACCCCCACAACCACCGCCCCUACCACAUCCUGACAAUCCCGAGGCUUGGGCUCCAUUCGAGGACCGGCUUACUUUUGAUUUUGCUCACUAUCACUUUGUGCAGGCCCAAAGCUCUGCCACCGAAAUCAAUAAAGCACUGGACAUGUGGGCAGCAGCGGUAUGGAAGUAUGGCGGGGAUAUUCCGUGGUCCACAGCAAGGGAUAUGUACUCAUGUAUCGACAAGAUACGUGAGAAUGCUGUACCAUGGAAAACCUACCAUCUGAAGUAUACUGGCCCACGUCCUCCUAGUCCUCCAUGGUGGAUGACCGAAACUUACGAACUCCAUUUUCGAGAUUCCCGCCAAUUACUCAAGGAGCAACUUGCCAAUUCACAUUUCGAAGGCAAGAUGAAUUUCUCAGCGUAUCGCCAAUUCAACAAGGACGGAAAGCGGGUUUAUUCUAAUGUGAUGUCAGGCGACUGGGCGUGGAUGCAAUCAGACAAGAUUUCAAAGGAUCCAUCAACUCACGGAUCCAUGUUCGUCGCAUUGGUAGCGGGAAGUGACAAGACAACCGUGUCGGUCGCUACUGGCCACCAAGAGUAUCAUCCUUGGUACAUGUCUCCAUCUAACAUCACCAAUGCUGCACGACGAGCCCAUGGACCAGGUGUUCUACCAGGUGGAUUCAUUCCUAUUCCAAAAACAUCUAAGAAGCAUAGGAAAACAAUUGAAUAUCAACGCUUUUCUCGCCAGCUCUACCAUGCAUGCUUAACCCUGAUGUACGAGCCUUUACGGUCAGGUAUGGAGCGGCCAGAGGUACUUCUCUGUGCUGAUGGCCACUACCGCAAGGCAGUAUAUGGAAUUGGCCCAUAUAUUGCUGACUAUCCCGAACAAGUUUGGCUUUCUGGUAUCGUUUCAGGGUGGUGCCCAAAAGGUAGAUGUGAUGCCCAGCCCGACAACCUCGACAAUACAACCCAUGUCCAUCUUCGAAGCCGGAGCAUUAGAGAAUUCAUGGUCACUGUAUUUGACCCAGGGAUCCUUUGGGAUGACUAUGGUGUUCGUGUCGAUGUUGUACCCUUCACUCAUCAUUUUCCCCGAGCAGACAUCCAUGAAAUCAUGGCUCCCGACCUUCUCCAUCAACUGAUCAAAGGAACAUUCAAAGACCACCUCGUGACAUGGAUCAAUGAAUACAUCAUGGCCACAUAUCCAACCCCCAAAGCACUUGCCAUCAUACAAGACAUAGAUCGACGUAUAUCAGCCGUGCCGGCUUUCCCAGGUCUUAGACGAUUCCCUGACGGACGUGACUUCAAUCAGUGGACAGGCGAUGAUUCAAAAGCUUUGAUGAAGGUGUAUAUUGCAGCUAUCGUAGGCUAUGUCCCGUCUGACAUGGUAAAGGCACUGUCUGCCUUCAUGGAGUGUUGUUAUAUUGCACGAAAAAACUUGCUCACCACUGACGACCUGGCAACAUUCGAACUCCAUCGAUCCCGCUUCCACAUGUACCGUCAAAUCUUUGUCACAACUGGUGUUCGUGAUGACACGUCACUCCCCCGUCAACACUCGCUUCAACAUUACCCUCGUAGCAUCCGUUUGUUUGGCUCGCCAAAUGGGCUUUGUUCGUCCAUCACGGAGUCGAAGCACAUCAAGGCUGUGAAAGAGCCAUGGCGCCGUUCCAACCGGUUCAACGCACUGCGCCAGAUGCUGCAGAUUAUAAGUCGUGGGGAGAAACUCCAAGGGCUAUGGGCAAAACUGAAGAAGAGAGGGUGGAUGAUAGGGAGCACAUUGUUUUUCACUCAGAUGGUGCAGGAGGAGGAUUUCUUGGAUGCAAUGACAGUUGCUAUGGAGGAGGUUGAGGAAAUGACUGACGAAAACAUUGACCUUGGUCCUGUCUCUGGUUCGAAAGCAACGUCAUCAAUCAAACUGGCAGCAACUCGAGCACGCAGCUACCCUCGUCGUCUUCAAAAGCUCGCUCAACAUGUCCAGCAGCCACUUCUCCCCGAACUUGUACAACGAUUCCUUUACGACCAACUCAACCCCCAAUCCGAGGUUCCCCUACACAGGAUCCCUGUUGAACAGCUUCCAGUUCUUUCUGGAAAAUUUUCGGUCUAUCAUUCUGCUGUCGCUCGGUUCUAUGCCCCGAGCGAUCUUUGUGGUGCAGGUGGCAUGUAUUCAGAGCGCAUAUGGUCGACCCCACAAUGGCGAUGUGAUGGAGCACGCCGUGAUACGGCUCUCGUUGUUCUGGACGACGAUAAACCUGGGCUACAAGGAAUGUGGGUUGCCCGAGUGCUCCUACUUUUCUCGUUCUACUUCCGUGAGGAACAUUAUCCAUGUGCCCUUGUAAACUGGUUCGAACCAUACGGAGAUGAGCCAGAUGACGAAACUGGCAUGUGGAGGGUGGUCCCCGAGAAGGACGAACGUGGGCGGCGUACCAUUGAGGUCAUCCACCUCGACGCUAUAGCACGCGGCGUACAUUUACUCCCUUCUUAUGGAGCUUCACCCCUACCGGAAAACAUUCAUUACUCUUCCUCGUUAGAUGCAUUCCAGUCCUUUUUUGUAAACAAAUUUGCGGAUCAUCAUUUGUUUGAGUUUAUAUCAGUGUAA